GCGCUUCUAAUCGUUUAAUGUUAAGACCGACUACAGUGCAUCACUGUCAAUCACAUAGUGUCCGUAAAAUAAUCAAACAGUUAAAAUAGUCACAAUGGGUCACGCUUCAAUUAACCUGCUGGUAAAUGUAAUGACGAAAAACACUGAUCUAGUCGGACUCGGAGGUAAAAUACUGUAAGAUAUCCUGUCGAGAUCAAAGUUUUUAAUAGAAUGAAGCACCUGUUUAUAUGACAUCUUGUGAGUGCACAAAAGUAAUGUUUUUAGUAAGGAACGUUUGUUAAAAUUUUGUAUAUUUCCUAAUUUAACUGAGGCCUAGUCCUGGCUCAAGAUAAUCUCUGUUCGAGAAACCGCCCCAUAAUGCUUAUUUUAUUAAAAACAUUAUAUUAUUUAUUAUGAAAUGUUUUAUGCAAGAAUUCUCAUGCAAGUGUGUUUAAAACAAUUUAGUUUUUGAUACAUUUUGAUGUAAAUAUUUUAAUAAAACAUGUCUAAAAUGUUUAUUUAAUAAAAUGUCCUGCUCUAAACCUAAAAACCCUUCAGGUCAAUAUCAAUUAAUAGGACACAUGAAAUGCGUAAUCUAAACUAGUGAGUUUUUCUGAUUUUGUCUGAUUAUUGAGUUUUUAUCUCAUUUGAUCAUUUAAAACAUGACUUGUAUGUUUCAUUUGGCAAGGACCAUGGCAGCUCCAUUUAGAUCACUUGCUGAAGAUACUUCAAGAUACCUCAAAUCAUUUGAACUCUUUCUGGAUCGCUCAUCAGAGCACCAAUGUAUGCAGGACUUCAUCCAUAAUACUCUACCAGACAUACUGGGAAGCAUUGGUGGAGGACGGCCCGUUUUUAAUGUAAUGGGAGUAGGGAGUGGGGCAGGUGAGAUUGAUUUAGAGAUAUUAGCACAGCUACACAUGAAACAUCCACAAGUCAAAGUUAACAAUGAAGUGGUGGAACCGAGCACUGACAUGUUACACAAGUAUAAAGUUCUGGUGUCAAAAACGCCAAAUCUUGAUUAUAUUAACUUCACGUGGAAUAAGAUGACAGCUUCAGAAUUUGAAAAACACUGGCAGGAGAAAAACCUUGGGAAAAAGAUGGACUUCAUUCACUUGAUACAGAUGCUGUAUUAUGUGAAAGAUCCAGAGGCCACUGUCUCAUUUUUCCAGAGUCUGUUAGAAAAAGAUGGAAAACUCUUAAUCAUUCUUGUGUCAGGUGAGAGCGGAUGGCGAAAAUUAUGGAGGACCUACAGAGCUUCUCUCGGUAACACUGAGAUCCAGUGUGUCACUACGGGAGAUAUAAAGACCUUAGAUACCAAGGACAUCCCAUACAGUAAAUAUGUGCUUCAGUCCCAUAUAGACAUCACAGAGUGUUUCACAGAGGGAGAUGAGGUUGGAGAACUGCUGUUGGAUUUCCUAACUCAUGUGGUAGAGUUCAGUAAGAACGCUCCUGAGCACCUGAAGAAAGGAGUGCUGGACUUACUGAGACAUCCAGACUGCAGUAAAGAGGUGGACGGCAGGAUAAUGUUCAACAAUAACCUGGAAGCCUUAGUGGUUGGGCUGUAGCCCCAUGACUCCUUAAUAUCUGACCUGACCUCCAAAGGAAUUUUGGCAUUCAAUUUCAUGCCAGUGCAGAAUGUGUACUGUAUUUUUCCAUUUUGAAUUUCUCUACUAGAAAUAUGGUGGUCUGGCUUAUCAUAACAUAUAGGGGCGGUUUCCUGGAUAGAGUUUAGGUUAAUCCAGGACUAGGCCUUGUUUAUAUUAGAUCAUUUAAGAAGUUUUUACAAACAUACCAUACAAAAAACACUACACUAAUGUCACUGGUAAAUGUUAAAAUUAAACUCAGGACUAGGAUAAGCCUUGUCCAGGAAACCGCCUCGUAAAACAUAAUAAACAGUAAUUUAAUAGCUUAGGCCUCAUAAUGUACACACAUAUUUUCAUUUAAAUAAAGGUCUAAUAAAAUUACUUUUAUAGAUUACUUGACAAAACAGACAAAAAUGUGCCUCAGUAGCAAAGUACAAAUGUGUGUAAUGACUUAUUAACUGAGAAUAUGAUUUUACUCUUGGAUUUGGUAAGGAGUUUAUAACCUAACCAGGCAGGACAAAGGUUGGUUUAAGCUAUAUGGUACAUUUUAAAGAUAAAUGCAUUUAAAACUACAAUGAAAUAGUUGAUUCUUUGUUAGGUUUUUUUUAUUCUUGUUGUUUAGCUAUCAUAGGUCUUUGAAAUAGCACUGCCUUAAUUUAUACAGUAUUAUUGUAAAAAAUAACAUGAAUAUUGUCUUGAUUCGGUCAGCUUUUCUCUGUUUCUGUUCCAUGUAACAAUGAAAUAAAAAUGGGG